UAUAUAAACUUUGAUAUCCCCCUUACUUUUCAUCAAACAACUGCUCUCUCCCUACAAGAAAUACUAUUUUAUUUUCUUCUCAAAAUCAAAACAUUAUGGCUGUCACCACCUUCACUGAGGAGAACACUUCUCCACUUCCUCCCAAAAGAAUAUUCAAGGCCUCCAUUGUUGAUUCUCAUAACUUGAUCCCGAAGUUGAUGCCACAAGCUAUCAAAAGCAUUGAAGUUCAAGGUGAUGGAGGUGCUGGAAGCAUCAAGACUAUCAAUUUUCCUGACGGUGGAAAUUUUAAGUCAAUAAAAUAUCGUGUUGAUGAGCUUAAUGAGGAGACAUACACAUAUAAGUACACAUUGAUCGAAGGUGAUGGACUGGUAGACAAUCUCGAGAAGAUAACUUAUGACGUGAAGUUUGAGCAGUCAGCAGAUGGUGGUUCCAUCUCUAAGGUGACUAGCUCAUACUAUACUGUGGGAGAUUUCAAGCUCAAGGAAGAGGAAAUCAAGGCAGGCAAGGAGAAGGUUUUGGCAAUGUUCAAAGCUGUAGAAGCCUAUCUCCUUCAGAAUCCUGAAGCCUAUGCUUAGAGGGUUGCUAUCUUAUGGGAACUGGAAUGAUUGUUUUCUCUCCUAAAUCUGUCUUUCAUGAUUGUGGCAGCAAUAAGUAUCUUCUGGUGUGAAUAAUUUUGUUGGUUGUUUUUAUGGUUAAUGUACUAAUAAUCUUAACUGUUUUUUUUUUUUCUAUACUAGUCUUCAUCUUCAUUUGUCAUUUCAUAUUUACUCGGAAACUUGGAAGAGAUGAGUAAUGGUUGGUGACUAGUUGAAGUGAGAAUCCUUACAUUGGGAAUGUAGAAACUAGCUACAACGAUAGCUUUUUCUUUGCAGAUUCUGAAAUUCAUAACAGCUUAGUCCUUAAAUGCGUCAACAAAAAAGAAAACGAAGAGAAAUGGGAAAGUGAUCACUCUGGUAACAGUGAGUUUCUCUUCUAACAUAACGCUUCUAGUCAAAGUACAUAUGACUUCAGAUAAUGAAAUUGUUGACUUCAGGUAAUAUAAUUAAGUAGAUAAACUGUGGUCUCUCUAAUAGUUUAAAUAUUAAAGACGACACAGUCAGCCAAUUUUAACAUGGUAUCAGAUCAGACAAACAGUCUUAGAGCUUCAAAUCUCGCCGCCACCUAAGAAACAAAAAUAAUGUUUUCACGCGUUUGGUACCUGAAUAAAAAGAAUCAAUACUACAUCUGAGGGAAAGUUCCAGCCUCCAGGGCAUCGAAUCUUCACAGACAGGUGGAAUCAUUGAUGUGAAAAUUCAUAUACACAUCAAAUAGCAUCCUGGAAACAAUUUCUGAAGCUCUCACUUCUCUGUUGACAACUGCUGGAUUUGACUCUUCACGUAGAAUUUGCGGAGUCCCUGACAUUGGUUCUG